CGAGAGCAACGACAGGGAGAGGACGCGCAGGAAAAGCCUCUGCUUGUUGGCUGCAUCGACUCCAUUUGAGAGGCUUUUCCCCCUUGUGCAGUUUAUCCACCUCGAAUCAGUGUAGUGGCGACGGCUGCACUUAAGGAUUAGACGCUCCUUUGCCACCGGGCGGCGCUAUUGGGACCAAUGUCAUGGCCGCGGAUCUUUUCGUCUCCACGCUCACCUCGAAUGCAGGCAGCUCCAUGAUGGAUAUUGCUCCGGCUGCUACGUAGCCUCGGAGUGGGAGGGACUGCCCAUCUUCCAGCAUUUCCAUUGGUUUUACGGUCCGCACGGCGGAGAGGGGGGUGCCGCUAAUCAUAUCCAACAUGUUUUGUACAAGAAAUGUCAGCCAGAAAGGGCUAUCUUCUCCCUUCGCCAAAAUACACCACAAUAAUGUCAUGUUCGGACAGCCCGUCAGGAAAUGCGUUUUUAGUGGAUUCUCUGAUCAGUGGCCGCACGGAAAGCGGCGGAGGUCACUACACAGGGAGCGCGGUGUGCGUGCCUCAUAGCACUGCUACAGAAGUGCCUUACGGACUACACAACUAUGGAUACUUCCCAGGUAUGGGUAAGCGCAGCGAGUUGGGCGCCCAGAAUAUGGUUUCAGCCUCAGGUGCGUACAUGUCCAGCAUGGAGAUGUGGAUGGACGCGCAGAGGUCAUGUCGAAUGGAUCAAGAGCACCCGGUAGGUCCCCAGGUCGCGCCCUGCUCGUUCCCGCAGAACAUUAAGGAAGAGAGCACCUACUGUCUAUAUGAGCAGCCGAAGUGUCCUAAAGCCUCAACCGCCGAAGAUCUGACAUAUUCGAGGUUAACUACAGCCGGACUCGGCUCGAGUUCUUGUACAGUUACUGAUGGCGGCGGCGGGGGCUCAGUGCCUGUGCCGGGCUACUUCCGCUUGUCUCAGACGCACGCACAUUCUCAUAAACUUUACAACACCAACGGCCCCCAACCGAACCCUUCCCAUUCCCAUUUUGGCUUACACCCCACUGCUACUGCUCGUUUCCACACGCCACCAACCUCGACUUCUGCUCCAGCCACGACGCUUGAAGAACGGAGCACCGAGGAGCCCGUGUCCUCGGCGAAAGCAGACGUGCAGCCUCACGCUGCACCGGUGGCCGAGGAGACAAGAGAGUCUUCAGAUGCAGAGGCGUCCUCAGCAGACGAGGCGGAGGUGAAUGACAAAGAGAGACCAGCAAAGACCACUAAAGGAGACACAAAAACUGAAAACAUGGCCAACUGGCUGACGGCGAAGAGCGGCCGGAAGAAACGCUGCCCAUACACCAAGCACCAGACACUGGAGCUGGAGAAAGAGUUCCUCUUCAACAUGUACCUGACCCGAGAGCGCCGCCUAGAGAUCAGUAAAAGCGUCCACCUGACGGACAGACAGGUUAAAAUCUGGUUUCAGAACCGCAGGAUGAAACUGAAGAAAAUGACGCGGGAGAACCGUAUCCGGGAGCUCACCUCCAACUACGGAUUUUCGUGAUGAACCAAGAACGUGAUCACACUGAAACCGAGGCAAAAAUAGGUGAAUUUAAAAUAUGCCCACCCCCAUCUCCACUUAUCCAUCUCCACGCACCACUUUGUCCACAUGCCUCGUUUUGACUGUGGGGUUACAACUUCCGUUUUUUUCUUCCAGACACGCGCAAUGUCAGUACAUCGUCCUCUGUGAGCUACUGAGAAAAGACAAAUGAUAAAAAAAUGUAAAAGGUUCUAUCUGAUUGUUUUCAGAUGUUGUGUUUUUUGUAUUGUCGACACGUUUCUGUUACUUCUGUCGUAUGUUUGGAUUGUGUCGUCAGUGGAAUUGAAUCAAUGCAGUUGAAACGCACACCCACACCCAAACACAUACACACACCCAAACACACGCACACACACACACACACACACACACACACACACACACACACACAUACGCGCACUGUGCUCUGGAAGGUGGUUUGAUCUGUCCACUUUCUCCCCCACCGCUGAGCAAUAACACAUUUUCCAAAAUUUAGUUAAACAACUAGGAAAUUCUUUAAUUUUAAUUGGAAUUGCAUGAUAUAAAGUUUUAUUUUAUUUUAUUUUUUUAAUUAAUUUUGAACCACUCUGGAAUAUAACACCCAUGUAUCGCCGAGGAAAGAGUAAUUCAUUAUGGCCAUUAGAUGUAGUCCACCAUGAUAUAGAUCUAUUCUGUGUACGAGCUAAAUGUAUAAACUGAAUCUUUAAUCACGUUGACGUUUACACACAAAAAAACGGUGCGUAAAGUGAAGGAGAACUGUUUUUACUGUAUAUUUCUGUGCACAUAUGACAUUGUGUUUUUGUGUAAUGCUUAAUAAAUUAUCAGCUCGCA